AUGGCGAAUGCGCAGUUGAUAGCACGAGCAAAGCGAGGUCUCCAAACGAUGGGAGAGGUUGCGCGAAAGAAUCUCCGAAUCCUUCCCUCCACCUAUGAGUUUAUGCACACCUUUAGAGGCCGGUGGAGCAGGAAGAGCCGUGACAAAGUUAAUGACAUUCAAAUGUGUCCUCUGAAUGAGUACACUGACGCUGAGUGGAAUAGAGAAAUUCUCUAUUUCAGACGUAUCUUACACUACGAAUUGAUGCGCGAUGACAGUCUUAUCCGAGAAUACAAUUCCAACUGUCUCAGUAUGAGUGAACUCAAUCCAACUAUGAGGGCUAAGCUCUUUGAUUGGCUGAUAAGGGUAAUGCAAGAGAAGGUGCAACAAUACUAUAAGCUUCCCUCAGAGGCCUUGCAUCUCGCCACCACAAUGGUAGAUCGUUUCACCUGGUGCAGGUUGACGAGUCCUGAAAAGUACCAGUUAGUGGGCAUCUCAGCUGUCGUCUUGGGCGUGAAACUUACAACUCGAAAAAUGCCUCUGUCUUUCGACGAUUUGUGUCAUCUCACCGAAGAUACAUAUUCUGCAGCAGAGGUACAAAGAAAGGAAGAAAAAAUGCUGCGAGCCUUCGACUACGCCCUUGUCUAUCCCAUUCCACACACCUUCAUCGCGUUCAGUCUAAUUGGAUUUGAAGACUUACCCAAAGGCGUGAAUGAGAAUGUGAUUAUCCUUCUCUGUCGUUACAUAUUCGAUCAGGGACUGACGGAGUUGUCUUUGGCAAAGUGCACUGCAAGUUUGAAAUGUGCUGCGGCGUUGUACCUCAUCCGGCAUCUUCUUCGACUCAUCUGCCAAUGUCCUCUCAAACAUCGUAAAUGCUGUCCGUUUCACAGCAUGACUCCGUGGACGGAUAAGAUGACCGGUGUCACAGGUCAUAGAGAGGCAAAAGCCUUAAGGAAGGCUGCUUUCACCUACGGUUUGAUGCUUAUUGAGGCACAAUUCUUCCUCAAUGAAAUGACGCCAGGACUAAUGACGGGCUGCGGGUCAUCACUAAGGGCAGCUUUCAAGAAGCACAGUCAGGAGAGCCGUUCCUGCAUAGCAAGGCAUCCAUUAGUGACCAAGUUUACCAUUUCUGACAUUCUCAACCUAGAUUCGAUUUGA